CCGUUACGCGCUGACGCAGCACGCCGCGGUCGCGCCGGGCCGCCGGUGCCGGUGCCGGUGCCAUGGCGGGGGGGGGACCCGCCGCGCCGGCCGCGCUCGCUGUUCUUGGCCGGGCUGGCCGCUGCCUAUCUCGCCGCCUUCGCCUCGCUCUACGUCCAGAUCCCCGGGCUGUACGGGCGGGACGGCAUCCUGCCCGCCCGCAGGGUGCUGCGCCCCGGCGGGAGGGGGCUGUGGGAGCAGCUGCGCGAUUCGCCCACCCUGCUGUGGCUCAGCCCGCGCCUGGGCCUGGACACGGAGCUGGGGAUGGAGCUGCUCUGCCUCCUCGGCACGCUCGCCUCCCUCGGCGCCUUGCUCUUCGAGUCCCUGCGCGACAGCCUGCUCUUCGCCCUGCUCAGGGUGCUCUACCUCUCCCUCUACCAGGUGGGGCAGGUCUUCCUCUACUUCCAGUGGGACAGCCUCUUGCUGGAAGCGGGGUUCCUGGGGGUGCUGGUGGCCCCCCUGCGCCUGCUGAAAUGGGGGUCCACGGCCUGGCGGCCCCACGACAGCCUCACCUUCUGGCUGGUGCGCUGGCUCCUCUUCCGACUGAUGUUCGCCUCCGGCGUGGUGAAGCUGACCAGCCGCUGCCCCACGUGGUGGGGGCUCACGGCUCUCACCUAUCACUACGAGACCCAGUGCAUCCCCACGCCGGGCGCCUGGUUCGCCCACCAGCUGCCUGUCUGGUUCCAGAAGCUCAGCGUGGUGGCCACCUACGUCAUCGAGAUCGCCGUCCCCCUCCUCUUCUUCGCGCCCAUCCGCCGCCUCCGGCUCUUCGCCUUCUACAGCCAGGUCCUGCUGCAGGUCCUCAUCAUCCUCACGGGUAAUUACAACUUCUUCAACAUGCUCACCAUCGUCCUGGCCUUCUCCCUGCUGGACGAGGAGCACGUGGGGCGCUGGCUGGGGCGCAGCAAGAGGAAGCACGCCAGCACCUGGCCCCCCAGCCUGCCGUCCCUCCUCUCCACUCUGGCGGAGCUGGGCACCUACGCCUUCCUGCUCUACUGGAGCGUCCAGUACUUCGGCCUGGAGAUCAACUGGGAGAAGAGGCUGCUGGACUCCAAAGUGGCCUUCACCUACCACGAGUUCACGACGUGGCUGCGGGCGGUGACCCUGCCGCUGGUGGGGCUGGGCUUCCUCUCGCUCUCCUGGGAGAUCCUCUCUGCCAUGUACAGGUGUGCCUGCGUCCGCGGCUGCUUCUGGAAGCUCUGGGCCACGCUGCAGUGGGCUGUCUUCGCCACAGCGACCGUGGGCAUGUUUGCCAUCAGCCUGGUGCCCUUCACCUACAUUGACUACGAGUCCAACGGCAAGCUGUGGCCCGGCAUCCACCAGAUGUUCAACGCGGUCGAGCGCUUCCAGGUGGUGAACUCCUACGGGCUGUUCCGCAGGAUGACGGGCGUCGGGGGCCGGCCCGAGGUGGUGCUGGAGGGCAGCUACGACAAGCAAACCUGGACGGAGAUCGAGUUCAUGUACAAGCCGGGCAACGUCAGCGCGGCCCCCCCCGUGGUCGCCCCCCACCAGCCCCGCCUCGACUGGCAGAUGUGGUUCGCGGCCCUGGGCCACCACAGCAGCAGCCCCUGGUUCACCAGCUUCGUCCACCGCCUGCUGCAGGGCAAGGAGGAUGUGAUCCGCCUGGUGCAGAUCGAGGGGUCCCAGUACCCCUUCAGCGCUCGGCCCCCCCUCUACCUCCGCGCCCAGCUCUACAAGUACUGGUUCACCAGCAGCGCCCAGGGCAGCCCGGGCCCUGCGCCGUGGUGGCGGCGGCAGCACCUCCACCAGUUCUUCCCCACCGUCUCACUGGGUGACCCCACGCUGGAGAGCCUGCUCAGCCAGCACGGGCUGAAGGACAAGACACCCCUGAAGCGCCCGGCGGACACCUUCCUGCCACAGCUGCUGCGCAGCCUCCGCCAGCUCAGCCGCCCCUUCUCCGGCCCCGCCGUCCUCUGGUCCCUCUACUCCGUGGUGGCCACCGUUUGGCUCCUGCGAGCCCUGGGCCACCGGCCGCGGGGGGGGGGCGCGCCCCCCGCCCGCCACAAAGGCCCCAGGCGGGGGGAGCCGCGGACCGGGGGGGGCGGCGAGAAGAACGGGCAAGUGCGGCGGAAAGAAGGGGAGGAGAAGGGCGAGGGCCGGGCGCGGGGGGCGGCCGAUGGCGACGGCCCCCGUGCCGCCAAGAAGAGGAAAUAACUCCCCCCCACACCACAUCUCACACCCCCGGACUGGGGGUACUGCCCCCCCCUCGCCCCCGGGGGGGGGGGGCGGUGUGGUGGGGUGGUCCCAAGCUGGGGUGCAGGCAGC